AUGACUUCCCUUGUAGUUCGCACGCAGAAUGGCUCACCCACUCUUAUCCCAGAGACGCUCCCUCUCCCUGAACCCCAGUCACAUCAGGCCCUCAUCCGCGUCACCCACGUCGCCCAAAACCCGAAUGACGUCCAAUCCUUCGACUCCAAUGCCUUUGGCGACGGUACCGUGCUCGGAUGCGACUUCGUCGGCCAGGUCAUCAAGAUCGGCGAUGCAGUCACGAAAAUCAAGUCAGGCGAUACUAUUGCCGGCGAAUUCAAAGGCCUCGGCGCAUACAGCGAAUACAUCCUCGCCGACGAAAGCAUCUGCUUCCCCAUCUCGACUGGAAUAUCCCUCGAACAAGCCUCCACAGUCCCUCUCGCGGCUUUGACCUCCUGGCUAGCUGUAUUAUCUCCAGGAUGCUUGAACAUCGACCGAAAUCUAGGGUCUGAAAUCACCCUGUUAAUCUGGGGAGGUAGCUCGUCGGCCUCUACGCUAUCCAACUCGCAUCCCUCUUCAACUUCCAAAUCAUCACCACCUGCUCGCCAACUCGACCUCGUCCGCUCCCUCGGCGCACACCAUGUCUUCGACUACCGCGACGAGCCUGUCAUCGACCAGAUCACCUCCCUCCCGAAUCUAACCCCGGGUUAUAUCUUCGAUACAAUCGGAUCGUCUACGUCGAGUGUUCUCGCGUCGCAGACUCUUAGAUCCGUUAAUGGCGGGGGCGUGCUAUGUACCGUUCGUCCCGGUAAAGCACAUACUGAAAACGUUUCGUCUCAAACCAAAGUAACCAAUGCGUUUUUGGCAGAGCAUCGGUAUGGGUCGUUUAUUGGCCGGCUUGUUACACAAUCACGAGUCUUCGGACGAGCUGGACUCUGUUGUUGA